AUGGCAGCAGCAACAACCCAAUCCUUUGAUAUUCCCAAACAAUACAAAGCUAUUGUUUACGACAAACCGGGAACUAUUUCCACAAAAAUCGAGCAACUGAAUACACCCGAGCCCGGACCUGGCGAUGUGCUUGUGAGACUUACCCAUAGUGGUGUUUGCCACAGUGAUAUGGGAAUCUGUGAAAAUAGUUGGCGCGGUCUUCCUUAUCCGACGCAAGCUGGGCAAGUUGGCGGCCACGAAGGUGUUGGAGUCGUCCACAAACUAGGCCCGGGUUCAGAGAAUGGUCGAGUGAAGGUUGGUGAUCGUGUUGGAAUUAAAUGGAUCGCCUAUGCUUGUGGUUCUUGUCUUCCAUGUCUCGAGGGCAAAGAUGGAGUCUGCUUCAAUCAAAAAAUCUCUGGCUAUUAUUACCCGGGGACAUUUCAACAAUAUGCGCUCGCGCCAGCGAACUAUGUAACACCAAUUCCAGAUGCUCUGGAUUCUAAGGACGCUGCUCCUCUACUAUGUGCUGGAGUCACGACGUAUUCAGCCUUGAGAAAGAGUGAUGCUAAGAGUGGACAAUGGGUUGUUAUCGCCGGUGCGGGCGGUGGUCUUGGCCACUUGGCUUGCCAAAUUGGAAGUCGUGGUAUGGCAAUGAGAAUCAUUGGAAUCGAUCAUGGAAGUAAGGAAGAGUUGGUGAAAGAAUGCGGAGCAGAAGUCUUCAUAGAUCUUACCAAAUUUGACGAUAAAGCGAUUGCAGAGGAAGUCAAAAGAGUCACUGGUGGAAUCGGAGCAUCUGCUGUCAUUGUGUGCACUGCUUCUAAUCGCGCUUAUUCUCAAGCGCUUAGCUUUUUGAGAUUCGGCGGAACGUUGGUCUGCGUUGGAAUGCCAGAAGGCGAUUCCCAACCUAUAGCCAACUCAUUCCCUGCAGCCAUGGUCGCUCAAGAAUGGAAAAUCAAGGGUUCGGCAGUAGGUAACCAACGUGAAGCAUUGGAGGUACUUGAGAUGGCGGCCCGGGGAAUUAUUAAGACUCGUAUUCGAAUGGAGAAGAUGGAGAACCUGACGGAAGUGUUCAAGGAGAUGUCGGAGGGUAAAAUGCAAGGAAGAGUUGUACUUGAUCUGUCAUAG